AUGUCCGCCACUAACAGCGUCGUUAUCUGCAAUGGCACCAACCCUCCUAAGAAGAAAAACGGUGACCGGCUUUCCAAGACCUUGAACCCUCUAGCCCCAGAGUUCGUCCCUAAGGUCCUGGUGUCCACUCCUCCCGAUUCCGGAAGAUCCACUUUCGCCGACCCUGUUCAUACCCCGGUGAAGCAGGAUUAUCCUCCUUAUCUGGGUCCCUACCCCUUUCCAGGGUGGCGUCAGGAGCCCUACCAGGGCACUGGACCUCAAGUGCCCUACCAAAGCCCUCAUGGCCAGGCCUUCAAUGCCCCCUACCAAGUAGGCUAUGCGCCCUAUCCGGCACCUGCCGCCGCCGCCUACGGCUACGAGCCUCACACAAGCUUUGGUCGUAACAUUACCAGAGAGGUGAUGGCGGUGUUGAAUAAUCCGUCCCCGCCGAGACCCUCCACAGACGGAUCUCAAGCGCCUGCCUACCCGACUAACGCAGUCUCGCAAACAAGUUGA